GAAAAAAAAAAGAGAAUCUACCAUCCCUCUUCCUAUUUCUCCACCUCCCUCCUUCCUCCUCCUUCCUCCUCGUUUGUAAACACCAACUGAAAAACCGCCUGGCAUGACCUCCUUGACCUUUAAUCUUGCAGGCAAUCUGCUUCUAUGCGCCGAGGUGGAUGUGGAAAAAUUGGGAAGGUGGCAAAAUCCAUGCCCUCAUGAUGGAUCUGGACGUGGGUAUCUGCUCAGAGGUCGAGAAGAAGCAGAAGAAGAAGCUCCUGCUGGACUACCUCGCUGACAAUCUCAAGCACCACAACUGGUGGGCCUACAGAUAUUUCUUCUGCGAGCUCCUGGCCUUUCUCAACGUCGUGGGUCAGAUGUUCCUGAUGGACCGGUUCCUGGGCGGGACGUUCCUCACCUUCGGCCUGGACGUCAUCAAGUUCAUGGAGGACGACCAGGAGGUGCGCGUGGACCCCAUGAUCUUCGUGUUCCCGCGCAUGACCAAGUGUUCGUUUAGCAAGUUCGGAACGUCGGGAGAGCUGGAGCGCUACGACUCACUGUGCAUCUUGCCCAUCAACAUCGUCAACGAGAAGAUCUACAUCUUCCUGUGGUUCUGGUUCCUCCUGCUGGUGUUCCUGACCUUCUUCGUCCUCCUGUAUCGCCUCAUGAUCAUCCUGAGUCCGAGGAUGAGGGCCUACCUCCUCUGUCUCCGGUUUCGACUCAUCAACAAGGAGGUGAUCAACACGAUAGUCAGGAAGAGCAAAAUGGGCGACUGGUUUCUCUUCUACAUGCUCGGCCAGAACGUGGACACGCUUAUAUUCAAAGAGGUCAUGCACGAGUUGGCGAAGAGGUUGGGCCAUGCAUCCAAAGACUUCGGCGAGCCCUGAGCACCGUGUAAAUAGCCACAGGGUGUUUACCACGACCGUCUGUGAUUCUAACGCACCUAGCUUAAGAUAGUGUCCCAGUCAACGAAGAUCGCGGCCCCCUCCUGCGCGUCUCCAGAUCCUGCCAACACCGUCAUCACCACCACCACCAAGCCUGACGUUGUUGUCAGCUCCUCGCUCCACCACCACAGUCUGACUCUGUUGUUGUUGUUGUUGUUGUCAGCUCCACCUCCACCACCGCCGUCAGCCAGUCUGCGCUAGCCACAAGUGUGUCAGCCUCGCAUGGUUCGAGUGUGCCGCGGCGCGACUACCUCCUCCUCCUCCUCCUCCUCCUCCUCCUCCUCCUCCUCCUCCAUCCUCCUCCUCCAUCCUCAUCCUCAUCCUUUUCCUCAUCCUUCCUCCUCCUUUUCUUCCUCUUCCUUCCUCACUUCCCCCGUCGAGCGUGAUCCUGGCUGUCACGACCUUCGACUCUCCAGUACACACAAACAACUCACUGAAGGCAGCUUUAGUGACUUAUUGUUGCCAAAAUGCAAGCUCUGAAUUCGCCUACGUUUCACAGUGUGUUGCCAAUUUAUAACGUAUACACAUGACGUAAUCGACCAGAUGUGCCAACUACGAGCUUUACCUCCGCGGCGACAGAGAGCCGUCUCAGAAACCGGGGAUCAGUGCUGCCAACUGCAAAAAAAAAAAAAAAAAAACUGAAAAGUGACCCAGUGCUGCCAUCUUUUAGAAAUAAUCUUGCUACCCUGUUUCGCCCCCCCCCCUCCAACCCCUACGUCCUACCUCCCGCCCUUCCUUUCCCCUCCGAUUUACAAAGAGGACCAGUGACUGUCUGACUCAAGGACUCUACACAAAAGCCUUACAAUGUUUAUAGUCAGAUCAUGCUCCUCAGCCCGUCACGCCAACGACAAAGAAAACGAGACAAACGGAUCUUCACGCUAGUCCAUAGCUAGUCAGAGUGACCGGCUGCGGCAUCUAACUAGUCUUAGAUGCUAGUCCUAAAAGGGAUAUAUAUAUAUAUAUAUAUAUAUAUAUAUAUAUAUAUAUAUAUAUAAUAUAUAUAUAUUUAUAUAUAUAUAUGUAUAUAUGUAUAUAUGUGUAUAUAUAUAUGUAUAUAUAUAUAUGUAUAUAUAUAUACUAGCAAUACAUCAGCAAAGUCAUUUUUCCACGAGAAGAACACUACGGUAGUUUAGCUGGCUGUACACUUCCAUAGCCAGAGACCCAACUACACACUCCAUUCAUCUUCCAUUCUCCCAUUCAAGAGUCCGCGGAACUACACACAGUCAGUCAGUCAGUCCACACGCCCUCAAGACCCGUGCUCAAAGCAAGGACGCCGGGCUCCUGUGCACGCCUCUCACCCAAGGCAAGACACAAAAAAGAAAAAAGAGAGAGGAUGAUAAAGCGGCAGAACGAUACGAUAAAAAAAAAGGAUAAUGGAAAAAAAUUGAGAAAAAAAGAAACAUGGAAAGAUUAAUGCAAGUGAUCCAGGUAUUUUAUCAGUCAGCAGUGAAACACGUGGCGGCUUUUUUUUUUUCCUCCCAGUGUAACAGUGAACGUGAAUUCGAUUAUUGUCUCAAAGAUGUACCGGCAGUGAAAGCCUUUUUUCCCCUGCCGUAGCCCUGCAGUGACAGUCACAUCAUCCUGAGGUCGCCUGUGUUGUCUUGCCCGGUCAGAGAAGCGUCUUAGCUGCCUUGAAGGAGGUAGAGAGAAGACUGUGUGCAAACGUGCG